AGGUGUCAGAAUCGAUUUUGCCGAAGUCUGCGCAAAUAGCGACUCAACAGUCUCGAAGGCUUGCGUGGCAAUAUUUUGAAACGAAUUGUCUCCAGGAAGAAAAAGUUAAGAAGUACACACCUUCGCUUGUUCGAUCUGUAUUUCAUCCCUCUAAGGGAACCAACCCUGAGUGAUGAGUCGUUCGGAUGUUGUAGUUCUUAGCCCCUAUUAUUGUUGUUAGUAAUAUAUCCAAAUCUCCAAAUCUCCAAAAUGUCUAUCUGUAUCUAUUCAUGACAGCGAAAGAACUCAAUGGAUCACACACACGUUGUUUUCACUAUUCCUGAGCCAGUCUUUCUAAGCAGUAAGAUGGAAGUGACCUCUCUUUAGAGCUGGACAGUGGGGAAGACAGUGACGAAGUUCAACUGCGGGUGCCUGACUUGCUCUCUGACCUGAACAGGCUAUAUACGGAAGUUAAGACCUGAGUCCUGAGUUCAGGCUAGGCAGUAUAUACUUCUUACUUUGUUGACAAAGACUAGUAGACUAAUACGAAACUUCAUCUUAGACGACAGAAUACAAUAGAACGAAUAAGAAACUCGAAGAUGAACAAGAACAACACACACACACGAACAAUACGAAUACACGAGAUAGAAAGUGCUACACUUCUUGUCGUGAGUGACACACAGCGGCUGGAACUCUUUUGUCUUAUUUUAGAUGCACGAUAUUUUUCCAUCAUCUUAUUCUGAGUGUAAGUGUUUGUCUUUGUAGUAAGACUAACGACGUGCGUUCUUUCUUCUUGCUCCACUAAGUCUGGAAGGUUAUCGUGAGUCUUGAAAGUAGACGUACGCUGAUGACGAUGAUUGGCAACAUGUAACUGCAAGGGGCAUCUCGUCCAGAGUAAAUAUUCAGUGUUAUAAUUUGUAAUUUAUCACUACUUGUUAUUCAUCCACACAGGUGUUCCGUUCCGGUCACUCCGAGUUUUUCAUUUGCACAGAUAAGAGUGUUCUACUGAGGAAGUGCUACAACUAGAUUAGGAGUACUUCUAGAACUAGAUUAAUAGGUGUACUACUACUCGUGAACAAGAUGUUAAUGAGUCAAUGUUUAGUGUCAAAGCAAGGUGAAGACUAGGAUUUAUUGAAUGCGGCGAGACAUGCUUCGCCAUCUAAGAAUACUCGGGAGAAAGUAGACAAUAGCGUAGACGAAAGGAAGACAGUUUCCGCAGAAACCCUAUCGAAAUGUGCUGAUAUGAGCAAAGACUACACCCGAAAAGAGGAACUCGAAGAGGAUGCAAUCGCUGAGCAAAAGGUUAUGGAGCAAAGUGACCACAGGUCAUAUCUUCUUGUUUCCCUAUGUUAUAAGGUCAGAUCAUAUUGGACGAGGAUAAAUAUUUGUUAUAACUCGGUUUUUACACUACUUGGCCCGGCCGAGUACAUCAAUCAGGGACAACUAGGACAUCUCUUUCUUCUACCCCUUAACGUACUGCCUUUCGUCUCGUCAUCAGUCUGGUACAUGAGCACGCGAUAUAAUUGCCUUACUCCUGUAGAUCAUACAUGCUCGUCAUGCGUCUGCUUUCUUCUAAUGGCCAAGAGGAUGCCGCGGAUGAGGAGCGUGAACAGGCAGAAAAGCUAGAAAGGGAAAGGGCUGAGGAAGAGAGGCUACGAGAAAAGGAGAGGGAGGAAGAGCUAGAAAGGGCCGAGCGGGAGAGGGAAGAACGAGAAAAGAAGCAGAAGGAGAUAGAGGAUGAGGCCGCUGAAGCUGCAAGGAAAGCUCAGGAGGAAGAACGACGACGUAAAGCUAAGGCUUGCGCGAAUCCAUCUCUAUAGACAUCCUUUAAGCAUAUUCACCCCAAUACAAGGGAGAUACUGACGCAUAUGCUUGAGGGAUUUCCACAGAGAUGAAAAGGGGAGGAGGCUAAUAUAG